AGACAAGAACGGAAAGUCUAUGAAGAAAGAUUUGUUUUUUGAAAAUUCUAAUGGUUUAGAUUUUUCUUUCUAUGGGAGGAGCCCAGAGUUUUCCAAAGCAGGAACAGACAGAAUUGGAAGUAACUCUGCCCCUCUGGAGAAAAUAGAGAGAGAGAAAGAGAGAAGCUCUGUAGAAGCACAUGAAUUGUUCUGGUUUUAUGAACAUCUGAAGAAGAAAAAGAAGAAGAAAGAUCAAAAGGGUGUUUUCUGAGUUUUAAGGAAUAUUGUUUGAAACAAAGAAGCAAGAAGAAGAAGAAUAAAAAAGAUGGAGUUAUCUGAUUGCUCUAAUGAAUAUGAGAAGCUUGUUGUACGGAUGAACAUGCCCAGGGUCGUAAUUGACAAUGGAGUUUGCCCUAAUUCAACUGUCGUCAAGAUUGAUAGCGCAAGAAGCCCAGGGAUAUUGCUUGAAUCUGUACAACUUCUCACUGAUAUGAAUCUCUGGAUCAAAAAAGCUUACAUUUCCUCUGAUGGAAAAUGGAACAUGGAUGUUUUUCAUGUGAGCGAUCUUAACGGAAACAAAUUAACCGACGAGAACCUAAUCCGUUACAUUGAAAAGUCGAUUGAGACGUCUCAUUAUUGUAAAACCGAAGGUUACACCGGUUUAACCGCUUUAGAGUUAACCGGAACAGACAGAGUCGGUUUACUCUCAGAGGUUUUCGCGGUUUUAGCCGAUCUUGAAUGUGAUGUUGUUGAGGCUAAGGCAUGGACGCAUAACGGUAGAAUUGCGUCUAUGAUUUAUGUUAAAGACGGUAACUCCGGGACUCCGAUCGACGGAGAUUCUGACCGGGUUCAACGGGUAGAAGGACAACUACGUAAUCUACUUAAAGCCGAUGAUGGUUACCAAAACGACACGAGAACAUGUGUUUCUUAUGGUGGCAAUACUCAUAUGGAGAGAAGGUUGCACCAGAGGAUGUUUAUGGACCGUGACUAUGAGAAGAAGUUUGAUAUCGAGAAAUCUCCGAUUGUUUCGGUUCAAAAUCUUCCGAAACGUGGUUACUCUGUUGUGAAUUUGCAGUGCAAAGAUCGAUUGAAGCUUUUGUUUGACGUUGUUUGCACAUUGACGGAUAUGGCUUACAUUGUGUUCCACGCCGCGAUUCGAACGGUUGGAGAAACCGCGUUUUUGGAAUUCUAUGUUAGACAUAGUGAUGGACAUCCGGUUAGUUCGGAACCGGAGAGACAACGUUUGAUCCAAUGUUUACAAGCCGCAAUUGAAAGAAGAACGGUUAAGGGUGUGAGAUUGGAGUUAUGCACGGCGGAUAGACCGGGAUUGUUAGCGGAAGUAACACGAGUAUUGAGGGAGAACGGAUUAAACAUUGCUAGAGCCGAGAUAUCGACUAAAGAUGGUGUAGCGAGGAAUGUGUUCUAUGUGACUGAUGCAAAUGGCAACCUAAUAGAUCCCGAGAUAAUCCAAUCGAUUAGGGAGAAGAUUGGUAUCGAUGAUCUAAGUGUUAAAGAACCGUUCCCGAUUAGUUGCCGAGAGGCAGUUGAGAAGGAACAACAUCAAGAAGCGCAAGAUCACCAAGGACGCUAUGGAGGAGGGACAGUGUUGGUGUCACUUGGGAGUCUAGUGAUGAGAAAUCUAUACCAUUUGGGUUUGAUCAAAUCAUAUUUUUAACCGGGUAAACUAACCGGUCCAUGUAGACCAAUUCAAUCGUGUUUGUCAACAACCCACGCGGUUGAAUUGGUGUAUCUGGAGCAGAUAGUGAACCGGUAAUGGAUUUGGUUUGGGGGAAAAUUUAAUUAAUGUAUAUAAAAUGUGGAAAGUUAGUUAAGAAUUUGGUGGUCGGUCUUCAUGUUGGACCAAUAGGUAGUAGAAGGAUGUUAGGUAAAAUCUUGGUAACAUUUAUUUUUUUAUUAUCUGUACAUAUUUAUCAUAUAACCUAUGGUUGUUAGAAGAUUAGUUUUGUCAAUAGUAGUAAAUCAGUGUGUUAUGUAAAUUAUGGGGUUAGUGUUACGCAAAGGAGACAAGCGGGUCCUACUUGUGUGAAUCUUAUUGAUUCGUUUUUGUUUUA